CGUGGAGAGAGGAAUAGCUAACCAGACAGCGGAUAGACGUGCAGCAGCAAGGAUCUUGUGAGAUAAGCUUUUUAUUUUUAUUUCACUUUGAAUAUAAAUCUAACCAAAAGCUUAAAUUACUACAAGCAAAACUAUUGCGUAUAGAUUAGCAUAGCAGACUUCGGUGGUUUGCAGCCUCUGGUUUUACCCGAACCCCUUCUGUUGUCAUUCAAAACACGUCAGAGAAAAUGGCGGAACUUGAAAAAGAUGCAGGACUGCCCCAACCAAUGCAGGAUAACCGAGAUGAAGAGGAGCCGGGCAAUUCCAUGGUAACAGAAUGACGCGGAGACUCCUAUUGUUCACUUUAAAAGUAUGCCAAACAAUAACCAUUGAUUGCAAAGGCAGAGGAGAUGGACACCUCAGAAGACCUGCAAGAUGACAACCUGAUCAAGCAGGAACACUUCCACAGUUCUAAUAAUGAACAGCAAGAUGGACAUUUGGCAGUUAGGAGGAAUGUAAUAUUAGAACGAACUAAAUUCAACCAAAGACAACAGGAAGCAGGAGAGACAGCUGAUGAUUUUAUCGCUGCACUUCAUUGUUUGUCAGAACAUUGUGGUUAUGGAGCUCUGCUCAGUGAGAUGAUAAGAGACCGACUAGUCGCAGGCUUACUUGACAGAAGACUGUCCAAGCAAUUACAAAUGGACCCAGAACUAACACUGGAUAAAGCUGUCACACGCAUUCGUCAAACUGAACUUGUGAAAAAGCAACAGGACCUGCCAGAGUAUACCGUCAAAGUUUCAAGCAACACUGCAAAUAUAAACAGUGUCCUGUCACAUAGCAAACAGCAAUGCCCAGCCAAUUCCCAGUGCCAAUUAGAGAAGAAGAAUCAAAACUCAGAAAGACCACAACAACCCCAAACAACGCAGGAGAAUGAAGAGGAGCCCCUAGAUAAUGAUGACUUCAGUCCUGGAGGAGAAAAGCCUCACUACUGUGCCUGCUGCGGUAGGAGCUUUCAAAAAGUGAGGGAUCUUAUAAGACACCAGCGAACACAUACUGGAGAGAAGCCUCACAACUGCUCUGAUUGCAACAGAAGUUUUGCUCGAUUAGAUAAUCUCAAGUCACACCAAAAAAUACACGCGAAAGACAAACAUCAUUUUCACUCCACUAAAUGUGUGGAAAGCUUUGUCCUAUUGGAGAAGCUUAAAAAACACCAGCUGGAGAAUACCUUCAAAGCUACCAGCAGUGCAGCAAAUGUAGACAGUGUGCCUGAACUUGGGAAAAAUCAGCACCCAGAAAGACAACUGCCCCAAACAACUCAGGAGAACAGAGAGAAGCCUCAUGAUACUUCCGAUGACCCUAUUGUGAGUUCUAAUGGAGGUGAGAGGCGUCACCACUGCUCCGACUGUGGGAAGAGCUUUACACGAGUUUAUCAUCUUAAAAGACACCAACGAACACAUACGGGAGAGAAGCCUCAUCGSUGCUCUGAUUGUGGCAAAAGUUAUUCCCAGUCGUAUGAUCUGAAAAUACACCACCAGCGAAAGCAUAUGAAAGGGAAAUACUUCCACUGCAAUCAUUGUGAAGAACAUUUCUCCAAACCAGAAGAUCUGAACAGACACAUGCAUGUACAUGCUGGAGAAAAGCCAUACCUUUGCCCAGACUGUGGGAAGAGAUUCCAGUUGUUAAAUGCAUUUGAAAUGCACCAACAAAAACAUACUUUGGGGCUUCUUGAGUGCUCUUAUUGUGGUAAAAGUUUUUCUAAAGUGGAUAAACUUAAACUACACCAGCGAACACAUACGGGAGAGAAACAUUUUCACUGCCCUGARUGUGGGAAAAGUUUUACCCGCUCAGAUCUUCUGAAAAGUCACCAGAGGACACAUAAGAAAGAGGGUYAUUGUCCUUACUGUGAUAAAAGCUUUUCUGAACCGGGAGAACUAAAAGUACACAUGGAAGUACAUAGUCAAGAAAGGCCUCACCUUUGCCCCGACUGUGGGAAGAGAUUCAAACUGUUAUGGUCGUUGAAAAAGCACCAGCGAAAACACACAGAGAAGAUCUCACCAAGGGAAAAGCGUCACCACUGUUCCGACUGCGAUAAGAGUUUUACUCGCGGAUAUCAUCUUAAAAGACAUCGGGAAACACACACAGGAGAAAAGCCUUACCACUGCUCUAAUUGUGACAAAAGCUUUGCAGGAAAGGAGAGGCUUAAACAACAUCAACUAACACACAAGGAAAAUAAACGUUACCGCUGUUCAAGGUGUGAUAAAAGAUUUCCUGACAUGGCAAAACUACGAUCUCACCUUCCAGUACAUUCCGUAGAACUGGCACUCCACUGUUCUGACUGUGGAAAGUGUUUCUUAAACAAGGCAAAGUUUGAAAGACACCAAAAAAUACACACUGGAAGUGGAAAAAUACCAUUCCUCUGCACUGACUGCGGGGAGGGUUUUACAAAUUUGCGACAGUUGGAAGAUCACCAGCGAACACACACUGGAGAGAAACCGUACUACUGCAUUGAUUGCGGGAAGAGUUUUGCACAUGAAAAAACAUUUAAGUGUCACAAGCAAGCACACAAGUUUAAACUCUCUGGAGAAAGAGCAGCCUAUCCUUGCUCGGAAUGUGGAAAUACUUUUUCUCGUUCGUGUGAUGUGAUGAGUCAUUUGAGAAGGGUGCAUAAUAAAGAGAGACCUUUCCAGUGCUCCUGCUGUGGAAAAAGAUUUUUCCAAAAGAACUCACUCACAAUACACAUGAGAAUGCACACCGGAGAGAAACCGUACCACUGCUCAGAAUGUGGACAAAGCUUCUCCCAAAUGAACGACAGAAAACGCCACCAGAAGAGGCAACACUCUGGAGAGGAGACUUGAUCUCUAUACUACAGUGUGGAAGGCACAGUCAGAGACACUCAAUAUGAAAGGACUACAACAGCAACACACAAAUACAAUAUUGUAACAGUAUCACCAUCUUUAUUCCAGGUUUAUAUUUGUCAUAUCCUUGAAAUAAUCUUGUAUCAACAGUCAAGUUUAUUUCACAAAUGACUGCUGUUUUUUUGUUUGGUUAUCUCGUCACUCUCCUAGUUUCUACCCUACAUAAAUGGUAUUUGUUAAUCCUCCCCUGCACCUAAAGCAUCCCAUAAGGCCAGACAACCUAAUAGUUAAGGCUAUUUCAAAUAACAAAAAGUGUAGUUAAUAAAUGGACUUGUCUAUUAGAAUAAAAGUCUAACUGGACAAUGAAUAUUAGGGAUGUAAUCAUCACAGUAUAGAAAUAAUUUACAUGCCAAGAUUAUGGUAUAAUUUUGGAAAUCCACAACAACAAAAAACUGUCUUUCAGCAUUCAGACUCAUACACAUCUGACUCAAGUUAUUAGAUAUCCACGUUAUUGAGAUUGUAACAUCAUGGCAUGUAAUCCUCAUUUCUUACUUCUGAAAGUGCGAUCAGAAGAUUUGCGUUAGCUACUGACACAGUUGUGCUUUUUGAAGUGUCUUGAAUCAGAAAAGCCUUUUCCACAUCUCUUGCAGGAGUAUGGCCUGACUCCUGUGUGCACUUGCAUGUGGGUUUUGACAUGAUUGGCUUGUCUGAAUCGUGUCCCACAGACAUCACAGCUGAAAGGCUUCUCUCCCGUGUGGACUCGCUCAUGUCUUUUGAGAUUACCGAUAAAUCCAAAAGUCUUCCCACAAUCACUGCACUUGUGUGGUUUCUCACCUGUAUGGAUCAGCUCAUGUAUCUUAAGAGAUUGUUUUGUAAUAAAUCUCUUUCCACAACAA